AACUGGAGGGGGCUGGGUUGCGCGGUCAGCGGGUGCGGCCAGGAGGAGAUGGGGGUUCACCUCUUGACCAUGAGCUGGCAGUCACCUGGGCACGCAGGUUCCCGAGGACCGCCGCCUGGGAAGGCCCGCGGCUGCCAGAAGCCCAGAGCCACGCCUCCGACUCGGGUAGCCUAGGCUGCCCUGAACUGUUCUGAGGGUCAAGGACCUGGCCAGGGAUCCAGCCCCAGAUAACUUCGCUUUCCCCUGGACCUCACAGCACACGCCACGCGCAGAUUGAGUCACUUUUGGGGCUCAGUGUUGCCUGUGAGAAGAUGCGAGUCGGGGUCUUUGGAUUUAUUCCCUAAAAUCCAUUAACUUAUUUCUUGCACCUCAAACUGAACCUUCUGUUAUCCAUCCAUCCAUUCAGGGAUUCCUCGCAGGAAUCCCCGCCCUGCGUAGACCCUUGUAAUCUUGAGUGGGCAAUGAAUUUUGGCCCUGCAUACCCUAUCUAUGUAUUUCUUACUCCUUUUUGAUUGACGUUGUGAACCGUCUCAAAAGCCUGGUCUAAAAUUUCUGGCUUCAUCCCUGCUGAGGUGCUGUUCCAGUGAAGUUGUCCCAGGGACUUCCUGAGUCUGCUCAGGUGCGCCCUCUGCCUGUUGAGAGCUUGUAGGUCAGGGGCCAGGCUUGCUUCUUUUCCUACCCUUAGACUUCCAGCCCUUUUGCCAGGGUACAAUUUACUGCCUCCUGCUUCCUGACCUUUCACGAGUGUCCUUCGACUUUGAUCCAUCUGCCACUGCGUUUGUUUUUAAAAUCUUCAGUACUCGUCUCGCAACAUGAACGUUUAAAGCUAAAACCUUCACAGAGAUGUGAGAUGGAGCAGGAGCAGUGGCUAAAUGUUGAACUCUUCAAAACUUGGCGUAUGGGCUGCUGGUGUACCACCAUCAUCCCCAACACUCCUGUUCAGAAGAUGGGUGAGGAAAGUGGAAAGUCUAAUCAGUCAGCCGAUGACCAGUGGGAAAAAUGAGCUACAAGAUCACCUGAUCUUCAUCAGUGAGAAAGCUUUGCACAAGAGGCUAUUUCAGAAAGAGAAUGGCUAUGAAGGAGAGACCAGACCAACAGAGAAGGAAGAGGGAAUCCUUUCUCAUGAAAAAGGAAGAAGGAAAUGGUUAUGGAGAAGGCACAGGUCUGCUAGAAAUACUUCAACCCAAAAUUCCAAAAUGACUAAGAAGAGAUCAAAAAGAAAUGAACUAGAAGAACUGAAAUUGGAUAUGAGGAAGAUCAGCAAUGACAUGGAGGAAAUGUGUGGAAUCCUGAACCUUUACAUGUAUGAGGAUUUGAACUACAGGAUGAACACUGAAUUCAACAUCAUUAAAUCACAACAUGAGAAGACAAUGUUGGAUAUGAAUAAAAUGAUCCAGUCCAUAAUUGGUUCCAUGCAGUAUUCCAAGGAACUGAUAGAAGAUAACUAUUCCUACAGCAUUAAGGAGGACCACCUCCUCCGUGAGUGCACUCAACUCCACGAAAAUGUAAGGAUAUUACUGAAUGAGAACAGAAGGCUGCUGGUGGAGCAGGCUGGCCACAAGUGUCCUGUGGGGAAGAAAAGAGGUUCUCUGAGGAGGCCAGCAAGAACAUCUGUGUCCCAAGUCCCAAGGAACAGCAGUCCAGCAGAAAGCAGAACAUGGCACAGACCAGGACAUGAUCUCCCUCAAAGAGAAGUGCUGGAGGAAGAGCACUGAGUGUGCACAGGAAAUACACCACUGUUGCCUCUCAUCCCUAAUAACCAUGGCUGUAAUGGGCUGUAUGCUCCUCCUUUAUUUUGUUUCUUUGGUAUGAACAGGCCUUAAUUUCAUCUAGCCUCUGGCCCAGGAAGAGUGCACAUUUAAAGGGACUCAGAGAAAUGCUGAGACACAUCAAGAGCUGCUGGGCAUCCAGGAAGAAUCUGAGUGCAAAUUUCUCUUUUCCUGAUUGGUCAUCAUCAAUAAUUACAUGGAGAUCAGUCAACAAAAUUGUAAAUCCUUGGAUCCAAGUUUACAACAUGUGUUCUGCUUUGACUUGGGAGGCCAUAUCCUUCAGACCCACACUCCAAAAGGAGAGUGUUGCUUAAAUUUCUCCUGCAAAGUUUGUUACCUCCAGGAACUGCUUUUCUACUAAGUUGACAAGGACAGCCACAGGCUGUAAGGCUGUGCGACAAAAUGAGCAGACUAAGAAUUUUGCUUUGCACAAUUUUUGUGGUUUGAUUUUGGUUUGAGUUUUGAUUAGUUUAGGUAUUUGGUUUUUCUUGUUUUCAUUCAAAGUUUUGUUAUUUAUUGGUUAUUUAUUGUUCUUUUAAGUAAUUUGAUAUUUUGAUAAGGUUAUACACAGUACAUAUUUAAUGUCAGCUUUCAGUUACAAUUGAGUACAUUGCAUUUAUUCUUAUGACUAACACAGUGAUCUCCAACUCUUCACUCUAAGAGCCUUGUUAUUUCAGGUGUGAUCAUGAAAGCCCACAGAUAUCAGACCCAGAUGGAUCUCUGCACUCUUCAUGGGACUUGGGCUCCAUAGUUUCUUCUGAGCCAGACUGAACUACAAAGUCCUUCAUACAUUCAGUAUGGAGAGUAUGUCCAACUGUCUGGAUAGGAACUUAAUGAUGGAAAACUUACCCAUGCUGCAUCGUUGCUGUCAAAUAUUUAGCUACUGUGAAAAUACUGUGGAUGAUGGUGCUGAACGCAUUAAUGGCAAAUACAUCAGUAUUUCUGUAAUAGCUCUCAUUAAAUCAAAGCAUAGUCUAAGGGAAUAAAAA